GUGUGUGUGUGUGUGUGUGUGUGUUUGGGGGGACGACAAAUAUUUUCUUGAAGGAGACAGGGAACGAGUCAGUGCCCUCCAGCCCCUGUUGCUUACUCCUAACAUACACACCCACUGUUCAUACUUUCACUCUCUUUCAUUCGCUUUAGACGGCUCGACCUGUUGCUGCACAUCCACACACCCCCUGAGCUUACACUCUGAAAGGUGUGUGCUUCAUUCAUUCACUCAUUCAUCCAUAUUGGCACUUUUUUCCAAGCAACCUUCAUCCUGAGACUGGUGGAGUUUCAUCGGCUGUUGUGAGAGAGUUCGGUGCAGGAUUUCCAGCGGAUGUUUGUGUGUAUAUGUCCAAGGGUGUGUGUGUGUGUGUGUGUGUGUGUGUGCGUGCUUCAGUGGGACUGUAUAGCUGGAUGACAGAGGUAUCUGUGUGUGUGGAGUGAGUUGUUAAUCCUGGAAUGGAGCCAGUUGGAUGAGAACAUGUGGCCUUACAUGCAGGAACAGGACUGACUUUCACUGAUAAAGGAGGAAAAGUCACGGCUGAAGAAAGCAAAGCUGAGCAUCAUCGCAGAAGAUCAGGUCUGCUGGAGGAGAGAUAAGAUAGUGAAGAGACGCAAGAGGAGCAACCGAUAGAGGAGAAAAGAGAGAGAGAUGAUGGAUCAUUCGUAUUUGUGGAUCUUGCUCUUGUCUCUUUCUCUUUCCUAUCAGAGUGUGUCUGCACAAGCUGAAGAGUGUCGCACAGCCUUGCCUGCGGACAUUGUGUUCCUGGUGGACGAGUCGUGGUCAGUGGGUCCUUCCAGCUUUAGCCAGAUUAAAGAGUUCAUCGCUGAAAUUAUUCGAUCCUUCCAGAGCGGCGUGAUCGGAUCAGAAGGCGUCCGCUUCGGAGUCACCUUAUAUGCAGACAUUCCAAGGAUGCGUGUUGCUCUGACGGACUACUCCACCCUGGAUGAGAUAUUAAACGCGGUGGAGGAACUGCCGUAUGAAGGAGGAGGCAGUCGCAUGGGUGUGGCCCUCGAGUUCCUCGUGGAGUCCGUCUUUAGCCCGUCGAUUGUCCGGGAAAACACUCCAAAGAUUGCAGUGCUCAUUACUAACGGCAGAUCAGACGACGUGAUCGAUGGACCGGUUAAAGCAAUAGCGGAGAGUGGCAUCUCUCUUUUCGCAGUAGGUGUGAGGGAUGCUGAUCCGGAGGAGCUGAGGAGGGUAGUGAGCGAGCCUCAUGAGGAGCACCUGAUGCUCAGCCCUGAUUCAUCCUAUCUAGAGAACCUGCUGCCCAAAAUCUCACGCCGAGUGUGUUUCACCGCCUCCGAACCUCCUCGACCUGUUAAACACACACGUCCGGUGACGGAGAAGGUGGUCGGUCCCAGGGACCUGCAGGUCAGUGAGUUGAGCUACAACUCUCUGCAGCUCUCCUGGAGUCAAGCCACUGGAGACGUGACAGGUUACAGGCUGCUGAUCGCUCCCGUGUCUCCGAAGGGCCAUCUGCUCCCGAUAAAACCCCGACAGAUUGAUUUGAAGGGAGAUGUGGGAAAUACCAAAGUAACAGGGUUGACUCCGAAGACCGAGUACUCUCUCACUGUCUACGCCGUUUACCCCGGACUUAUCGGAGAAUCCUCCACCAUAAUCACAGAGACGAUUCCUGUACCACCAGUAGCAAACUUCCGUGUGAUCGAGGAGGGGCUGUUCUCUUUGCGCUUGGCCUGGACGUCUCCACUCGGCCAUGUGGACACAUACAAAAUCUCUAUCCCGAGAUCCGACAGACCCGGGUUGAUCUAUGAGCAGACGCUGCAGGGCGAUGGCUCCUCUCAUGUGAUUGAUAGCUUGGAGGAGGAUAAGACAUACACAGUUAGCAUCUAUGCCAUAUACCCGGAGGGGCCCAGUGAGCCUGUGUCUGUCAUCGGGAGAACAUUGAAGCUGGUCCCUGUUCAGCAGCUGUUGGUGGAAAACGCCACUACAGACACGGUGCAGGCUCGCUGGCUCUCGGUGAGAGGAGCAUCAGGCUACAGACUCACCUGGGCAUCCUCAGAGGGCCACAUUGAGAGUGUCAAUCUUGGAGGGAACUAUAAGUUCUACAUGGUGCAGGGUCUUCACGCCGGAACAGAGUACACUGUCAGCAUCAACCCUGUGUUUGUGGAUGUAGAAGGACCGGUGACGUCCGUCAAAGCCAAGACAUUGGAGAGCAGUGCUGUACAGACUCUGAGGGCCACAGCGGUGAGCACCAGCAGCGCUUUAACUUCAUGGAACGCUGUUUCAGGAGCCACAGGGUACAGGUUGGCCUGGGGUCCCACUGCAGAAUUUACCGGUAGAGAUCGACCCAGGCAGAUGGCUCUGAAUAAGAGCAUUACAGAGUAUUUACUGAAAAAUCUGGUCCAUGACACUGAGUAUGUGAUUUCCCUUUACGUCCUGUUUGGCUCUGUGGUGGGACCCGGCAUCACCGCUACUUUCAGGACAUCUCCCCUCGGCUAUGUGUCUAAUUUCAAGGUGAUAGCUUACACCAGUUCCUCUAUCAAUGUGGAAUGGAGCGCCAUUGUAGGAGCCACGGAGUAUAAACUGACCUGGAGUUCAGAGGGAGUAAGUGCACAAAGCCGAUUUGUGGGCCACAGUGUUUUACAGCACAGCGUCACCGGCCUCCAGCCAAACACACUGUACACCAUCAGCAUCCAUGCCCUGUACGGGAACAUGGAGGGGCCAGAAAUCUCUCUCACACAACUGACAGCAGCUUCCUCGAUUGAUUCAGAGCAGAUCGAGACAGUAAGGGAACUGAAAGUGGUUGAUAUUGGCGUAAACUCUUUCAGUCUGUCCUGGAGGAAAACGCCUGGAGUUACUGGCUACAAAAUCAGCUGGACCCCUUUUAAUGGUGGAGAAAAGAAGAGCGUGACGGUUUCAUCAUCCAUCACGUCAUACACCAUCACCAGACUGCCAGCCAGCUCCGCCUACAAGAUCCAGGUCUCAUCAUUAGUGAGGGACCAGGAAGGAAGUUCUGCUACAGUCACAGCGCGGACAUUGGACCUUCCUAAAGUGAACGGUUUCAGUGCUCUGAACAUCACUGAUGAUAGCACUGCACUGAACUGGACCAGAGUUACAGGAGCUUCCGGGUAUCUCCUCUCCUGGAGACACAUAUCAGAGCUUGAGAGUACCACUGAAAUACUGGGCCCUGGUUUCACCUCAUUUAAGAUAAAAAACCUGCAGUAUGGAAGAACUUACAUCUUCACCAUUCGGCCCCUCUAUGGAGAGGUUGAGGGUCCCGUCUCAACCAUUACCAAACGGAUCGUGGGUGCCUCCCGCCUCGUUCCUGUCCAGCCUGCCACACUGGCCCCUGUUCCAGCCAGCAAAGAAUUCAGCAUCAACAGUACAGCCAUUAAUAACACCAGCAAGACCACCACUACUCAGAGCCCUGCCUCCAAGCCGAACCUGGCCGUCACUAAAACGGCCCAAUCCAUAACCAUGCUCACCACUGUAGCUAGAGACCAAACCACUCUCUCUGCUCACACCCCUCCAUCUGGACCUGUGUGUGGCAGGGUGAAAGCAGACAUUGUGUUUCUGGUCGAUGAGUCCUGGAGCAUCGGUUCUAAUAACUUUGGCAAGCUGAAGGACUUCUUGUUUAGGAUUGUGACUUAUUUCCCUGUAAUUGGGCCACAAGGCACCCAGAUAGCUGUGGUUCACUACAGCGAUCAGCCCAGGAUCGAGUUCAGCCUGAACACUCAUAGAGAUCGCAGCUCUGUGCUUAGAGCACUUAGGCAGGUUCACUACGGAGGAGGAAACACCAAAACAGGUCGAGGGAUCAGUUAUGUUCUGAGGGAGCUGUUCCGGGAGUCUCUGGGGAUGAGGCAGAACGCUCCUCACGUGUUGGUGCUGGUGACAGAUGGGAAAGCCCAGGAUGAUGUGGAACCACCCUCCAGAGUAGCACAUGUUCUAGGUGUGAGUGUGCUGGCCAUUGGUAUCGCAAAUGCUGACAUUCAUGAACUUAAAAAAAUAGCUUCACCCACCACCUACAAGAACGUCUUCUAUGCUACUGACUUUGAUGAUCUCCCUUCCAUCGAGAGAGAGCUGAUCGGCAGCAUCUGCAGUGAGGCUCUGAUGUCUGAGUUUCAGCACCAUAAAGAGCCUGCCCAACUGGACAUACCAACAAGUGACCCAGUAUCUAUUCCAAAGCCUGAGGGGCCUUGUCCAAUCCAGUGCAAGGGUCAAAAAGGAGAAAAGGGGGAUGCAUUCGGACACGGUGGUCUGCGCCCGAAGCUAGAUGGUGCUGAUUACGAUCUGUUCACCUUAAAGAUUAAAGGGGAGAAAGGAGAGAGGGGUCUUCCUGGGACAGAUGGCAUACCUGGGGUACCAGGACGACCAGGUCGAACUGGACCUCCUGGUUCUGCUGGACUGAGGGGCCCUCCUGGUGUUUCUGGGGAUAUGGGACCACCUGGCAUUACAGGACCAAAAGGUCAGCGAGGGGAGAGGGGAGAACCUGGAUAUGUAAUGGGAAGCAUGGAUGUUGUCCCGGGACGUAAAGGAGAACCAGGAUCAUCUGGUCCUCAGGGGCCUCCAGGUGUACCAGGGGUCUCAGGACCUCCAGGACUCCCGGGGCAGCCUGGACCACCUGGCAUUCCCGGCAUUUCUAUAAAGGGUGAGACUGGAGAGCAUGGCCUUAAAGGUCCACGCGGGAAGCCAGGACCCAAAGGAGAAAAAGGGGAAGUUGGAGAAAAUGGUCAAGCAGGCUUACCUGGACCAAUAGGAGUGGAUGGAAAUCCUGGACUUGCUGGACAGAAAGGUGAAAAAGGAGAAAAUGGAGUUGGAAUUCCUGGUGUUCAAGGUCUCCAGGGUUCUCCUGGAGAAAAGGGAAAUAUGGGGCUCCCAGGGCCAGUUGGACCAAAGGGUGAGCAAGGACUUCAAGGAAUGACAGGACCGAGUGGCCUCAGGGGAAAAAGAGGUUUGAAAGGGGAGCAAGGAGACAAGGGUGAUCGUGGAGAUAUAGGGCCUAUGGGACCUCAGGGAUUAGCAGGCCUGCCUGGAGCUGUUGGACCAAAGGGUGAGGAGGGACAGCGCGGAGCACCAGGAGACCCAGCUAAAGGCAUACUUGGACCAUCUGGGAAAAAGGGCGCAAGGGGGGAUAUCGGCCCAGUGGGACCUCCUGGGCUUCAGGGAAUUAAAGGUGUCCAAGGAGACAAAGGUGAAAAGGGCAGUCCUGGCUUCGGGAUUCCUGGACAGCCGGGUCCUAAGGGUGAGAGUGGUGAGAGGGGUAAUGUUGGAUUAUCAGGGAAACCUGGACCUAAGGGCAACGAUGGCUCUAAAGGAGAAAAGGGUAACAUGGGUCUCUCAGGAAACCCAGGACCUCCUGGACUAAGAGGUAAAGAUGGUUUGCCUGGCUCAAAAGGAGUCCCUGGAUAUAAGGGAGAGCAUGGUUCUCCAGGGCAGCCAGGAGAGAAAGGCAUCAGGGGCCCUCUCGGUCUCCCUGGACAACCAGGAGGCCCUGGUGAGACAGGAGACCCUGGGAAAAUUGGUCUUCCGGGUCCUGAAGGUCCGAGAGGAGAGAAAGGCGAGCCAGGAAAACCUGGUCCACCUGGAAAUCAUCAAUUCUCCAUCUCAGACAACAUCAGAACCAUCAAGGGUGAGCCAGGUGAUCCAGGCGAGCGUGGGCUCCCAGGCCUGCGAGGAGAUACAGGACUGCCAGGGCCACCAGGUCCUCCAGGAAAACCUGGACCUUCAGGGUUUAUGGACUUUGCAGGUGUAUCUGACCGAGAUGGACUGGAUGGUUUAAAAGGAAUGCAUGGACCAAAGGGCGAACCUGGAAAGAAAGGGGAGCCGGGAGCUAAAGGAGAGAAGGGAGAUCCUGGGCGAGUUGGAGUUGCUGGCAUGCCUGGUUUACCCGGUGUUCCUGGUAAACCUGGUGUGGACGGCAAGCGUGGAGUAGCAGGAAAAGAUGGACAAGAAGGACUCAGGGGUAGCGAUGGGAAAAAGGGAGAGAAAGGGGAACCUGGUGUUGAUGGUAAAGAUGGGCCAAAGGGAGAUGUAGGUCCUCCAGGUUUGCCCGGUCCUCCUGUUGUAUUGCCUGAGGGUGCCUCAAUAGAAGAUUUUAAAAAGGCAUUUCCGGUACCAUUGGGUCCUGGAGCAACGGGUUCUCCUGGCAUGAAGGGAGAAAAAGGAGAUCCGGGAGAGAAGGGGGACGUUGGUUUGCCAGGGAGAGGUGUUGAAAUGAAGGACAUUGAGGCAUUAUUUGAAUCAUAUGGCAUUAAGCUUUCCCUGCUGAAGGCUUUAAUUGAUAGGCUCCUCCAGGAUGGAAUGGAGGAACUACUGCAUGAAAUCAGUACCAAGAAAAGAACCAAAGGACAGACAAUAAACCCCGACUCCAACAUCAUCUCUGAAUACACCAACUCAAUGAAGUACGAGCUCUCGAGUGAGCCACAGACUGAUGGAUUCCUGACCGAAGAAGUGGAUCUAACUGAACCCUACCCAGUUUUAUUAAAUGAAACAGAAGAUGGUGGAACUCUCUGGAACGUCACUGUGCACAGUAAAGUAGAUCUGAGUAGAACAGAGAGCAGGAUUGAAGUAGUAGAAGAAGAAGGAGAAGCCCUGCUAGAGGCCUUCACAGAAGCACCAUCUAUUUUCAUUACUCAGAUUAACGCCUCUUCAGAGACGAUUGGCACAACAAAAGCAGAGGUAAGUAUGGAGGACGUCCUCCACAGUCAGGAGAACACAGUAAAGAAGACUUCUGGUGAGAAGAAGAAGGGCCGAGAGAGAGGAAAGGGUAAAGGGAAUAAAGGACGACAUAAACGACAAAGGAAGCGAUUGGAAGAGCUAGACCCUGAUGAAGAGGAGGUUGGGGAGGAGACUCAUGAUGAUGAUGAUGAUGGUGAUGGUGAUGGUGGUGAAGAGUAUCAGUAUGAAUAUGAGGAUGAGCUCGUUACAGAAGAGACAGUUGUCUCCCAUGAGGAGGAGAAAGAGCAGGUGAUCUACACAGCCACAGAGCCUUUCCCCUCCAUAUCAGCAGUCACACAGCAGCCGAGUGAAAGCACAGUAUCCUCAGAGCUCGAUACACAGGCUGCAGAAAAGGGGGUCAUGUCCAGUUCUGAUGCACAUGGAGCAAUGCCUAAAGUGAAGAGGAGCGCCCCCUCACCUGAUCACGAGCCCUCAAAUAGUGCAAGAAAGAAAAAGAAACAAAAAAAAAAGAAGCCGAAAUACAAGGAGCCAGAAUCCGAGGCUGAAAUAUACGGGGAAACAGAUCUUGAAGUUGAAGUAGAAAGGGAAGUAGAGAGGCAGGCUGAACGAGAGAGAGAGGUGACAGAGUGGAACGUGGAGGAGGAAGAGGAACGAGGGAUAUGGGCCAAGCGGGAGCGCGAGCAGAGCUCAGGAGACAGAGACGAGGAGAGGAGCAACGAGAACGAGAAUGAGGACUGGGACUGGGACGAAGCGAGAGAGAGAGACAGGAUGGAGAUGGAGAGAGAAAGGAUGGAGCUUGAACGUGAGAGAGAGGAGGAGUCGGAAAGGGAGGCACUCGCGGAGAGAGAGCGAGGGAGGGAGAGAGAGAUGGAGCGAGAGGAUGUAGUGGAGAGACAGAGGAUGGAGUGGGAGAUGAUGGAGAGGGAGAGGAUGGGAGAGGUGGACAGAGAGGAAGACAUGAGGGCCCACAUCUCUCAGUAUGAACUUCUGAAGGGACCUCCGGGUGAAAAUGGUCUACCAGGACCCAAGGGUGAGAUUGGGGAAAAGGGACAAAAGGGUGAGCCUGGAAUAGGACACCGUGGUCCUGUUGGUCAGGCUGGUCCACCUGGGCAAAAGGGUGAGCCUGGAGAACCAGGACCUUCUGGAGCACAGGGCAUCCAGGGCAUCCGGGGCAACCCUGGGAUCCCAGGAACUCCGGGUCAAAGAGGUGAGCCAGGAGACUCCGGAGAGCCAGGUAAACUGGGCGAAAGAGGAAGACGAGGAAAAAAUGGAUCACCUGGCUCUCCUGGUGCGCCCGGACCUCCAGGAAAAGAAGGGAUUACUGGUCCACCAGGAGUGAAAGGUGACAAGGGCGACAGCAUCCCGGGGGAGCCAGGAGAGAGGGGCGUGGCUGGACUUCCAGGCCGCAGGGGUGCCAAGGGCACUGUGGGGGUCAGAGGGCCACCAGGACUCAAGGGUCCUAAAGGCCUCACUGGCGUAAAAGGAGAAAAGGGUGAUAAAGGACUACCAGGCAACCGGGGCGAGAAAGGGAGUCCUCUGUCCAUGCCUGGGCCUCGUGGAUAUAAAGGCAUAAAAGGAGAAGCGGGUGAACGAGGCUCUCCGGGAUUUGAUGGCGAUAAAGGGGAGAAAGGAGAGGAUGGACCUCCGGGGGUGAAGGGUUUGAAGGGAGAAGCUGGGAUCAAAGGAAGCAUGGGGCCCUUUGGAGCACGAGGGCCUGUAGGACAAAAGGGAGAAGCAGGAGAACCAGGGACCAAUGGAGAAGCGGGUCGUAAUGGAGAGAAUGGACUGCAGGGUGAAAAAGGCGACAAGGGAGACAUGGGACUGCGAGGACAAAAGGGUGAACAUGGAGAGAAAGGAGAGCCUGGAUUACAAGGAGACAUAGGCAACAAAGGAGAACAGGGUUUUCGAGGCAUGCCAGGAAGGAUGGGCCUCCCAGGAGUAGACGGGGAACCGGGCAGUAUUGGAGACCCUGGGGCACCGGGCAUUCCUGGACUAAAUGGACCCCCGGGACGAAAAGGAGAAAAAGGUGAUGGAGGUCUACAUGGACUUGAUGGUGAACCAGGGAAAAGGGGAGAGAAGGGUCCUCCAGGUUUUCCAGGAUUCCCAGGUUUUAAAGGAUCGUCAGGUGCACCGGGAGCCAGUGGACCUCCUGGCCGACCUGGUCCAGUCGGACCUAAAGGGGAAGUUGGACCUAAGGGAGAAAGAGGAAGGCGGGGCAGAGGGCAGCCUUGUCAGAGAGGCCUCCCGGGAAUUCCUGGACAAAGAGGCCUAGAUGGUGAGAUGGGGCUGGAAGGACGGAAAGGGGCGAAAGGAGAUCCGGGGCUUACAGUAGAGGAGGUGAAGGACCUGGUGACUAAAGAAGUAGUGGAAAAGUGUGGGAAAGAUCAAGCAUACCUUCUUGUGAUGAACACCAAAGAAGAAGAAAAGAAUAUUCUGAAGGAGGACAAGGGAACGGAGGAGUCUCCUCUCGUUCACAUGGACGAGGAGAAAGAGGAGCAAACCACUGCUUCACCCAUUGUUUCACAAACUGAACCAAACUUAGUGUAUGACAAUAUCACAGGAACUGAAAACCAAGAGGGAAAGCAGACUCAGAGAGACCGAAGACACGCCCUCAAGGUGACACCAGCGUCUGCCCCAGAGGUCUGUCUUGAGCCAAUGUUCGAGGGCCACUGCUCUGAGUACGUGUUGCUCUGGUACUUCCACCAGAGCUCUGGAGCGUGCCGGCCCUUCAUCUACAGCGGCUGUGGAGGAAACAGAAACCGAUUCAGCACGAAGCAGGACUGUCAGACUUACUGCAGUCUGGGGCAGAGAGAUUCUGGGUCCUGAUGACAGCACUUGCUGAUGGGAAACAACUUUAGCAGCCAUUUUUUCCAGUGAUUAAUGUUGUUCUUUUGUAUAUUUUGUUACUUUUAUGACUUGGUAGUUAUUUUCAAGUGACUUUCUGUCCUUGCUGUAUAUUAAUUUUUUUUUAUCCAUCUGGAAUUGUCUUGAAUGUAUUUAAUUUCUCGUCUGUGAACACUGUACAUCAUAUUUGCAUACUAAGAGCCAUACAUUGUUGCACUGUGAUAUCAGUACGCAAUUAUUGCCUUUGAAAUAAUGUGAUCAUAGAAGUCCUUUUCUAAAUGUUUACUGCACCAUUUCAGUACAUUUAUACAUGAUUUAAAUUACACAGUCACUAUGAUCAACAUGUUGUGGUCAUUUUGCACUAACAGCUCUGUUUAGUUAAAAAUCAUUAAACUUUAGCUAGUUAAUUUUCUAUUUCUAAGGAUAUUCAAAUGGCUUCAUAGAGGCACUAUUGGGAAAUUAUGAUGCUCACUGCGUAUGUGUGUGUGUGUGUGUGUAAAUGCGUGGGUUUAUGUCGUGACCUCUCUCACACUUGCUUUCAUACAGUUCUAUGAGCUUCAUCCUGCGUAUAAACGGUGCCAUAUUGGCUUUGCUUCAACUCAAUUUGUUGAGUCGUGUCUGGAGAGAGUCUCCUGGGGCCAGACAGAGAAUCCUCAAAGAACUGGACGUUUUUAGUGUGUGUCUGAGUUUGUGUGUGUAUGUGUUUGUGUGUAUGCCAAUAGGCUAUGGCUAUGCCAAUUUCUCUCAUUAGUUUCACACACUUUUCUAGCCUGAGGUUCUUCUACAAGGAAAAAGGUGGUAAUUUCCAAUUCCAUCCAUAUCUAAUAAUCUAAUAAGAUUUCACUGUGUGUUUUCCUGCUUCUCUUCUGUGCAUUUUGUCCAUACAGUGUGGGCCAGCACUCCAGAUGAAGGCACAACAGGAAGAACAAGUCUCCAAGGACAGAUAAUGUGUUCUAGGGGAUCCCCGGGCUGAACACGACCGAGAGACAGAGAGACAGAGAGAGAGAGAGAGAGAGAGAGAGAGAGAGAGAGAGAGUGAUGCAAGGAAUAGACUGCAGAAUUAUGCACUCAUCCUAUUCUACAAUACAGUAUGCAAUUUGUUUGCUACCUGGAACAAAACAUUAGUCAUAUUCCACCAAUAGCAGCGUCGGUAGAUUGCGCACCUAGACGAAUGUAACUCCGCGGAAAAGUUACCUUUUGUGCUCCAAACAGAACACACACUCCUGCGUUUUAGUUUGACACUUAUAGGGUCCUUGGGGCUAAAUCGGUGUGUGACUUGUUUAACGAGUCUGAUGAAACACUUGGACAUCAGAACUCAAUUGCAGAGAAAGCAUGUUGGAUGAUUUGGAACAGCAGGUGAAACACAGCAAUAGACCACUGUCUGGAGCUGAAGUGCACCAGUCAGUGGAGGAGUGGGCUAAAACUGACAGGAACUAUCUUAAGAAAGUAGUGGCAUCACCUUAAUCAGACCAGACUGGUGCCAUAAAGGGAAGCGCAACCGAGUAUUGGGGAAAGAAAAUUCAUUCACAGAGAUAAACUGUGUUCAUUUAUCUUCAACAUUUGCUUUAUUCUGGUCAGGGUCGGAAUAGAUCCGAAGCCUGUCCUGAGAUGGGAAGCGAGUCCAACACAGGGAAUCAUACACAUAUACACACACACACACACACUAAUUUACCACUAGGGACCAUUUAAGAAAACAAUCCACCUACUGUACUGGCAUGUUUUUAGGAGGUGGGAGGAACCUGGAGAAUCCGUAUAGACACAAAUAGAACAUGCACAACUCACCACAGAGAGUAGACUCAGGAUCAAUCCACACACCCUGGAGCUAUGAGGCAUAAACAGAACCACCACGGAAGCACCACCGUAAAGCCCUCAAGCCAAAAUGAAUAUAUAAAAUAAAUAAAACAUGCUGUAAGUGAUAUUUGUGGUCAAACACAAGGACACUAGGAUAUGCUAUAAAUAUUUAACAUGAUUUUUUUUAAAUCUCUAAAGUUUUCUUGAGUUGUGUAAAUCUUUCUGGAAAACACUGGUUUUAAAAUGAAAAAGCUUUCGCUGAGGAGAAUAACUCGCUUGGAGACACUUGUAGAGGAUCCUGAUCCACUCAUCCAUACAGAACUCCUUUAUAACAUUAGAUCUGUGCAUGUGGCUGCCUUUUGUGCCCCGCAAACACUAUCCUGUUAAAAGAGCCAUCAACAGAUCAUCUUAACCUCCUGGCAGAGGCAGCCGGCUAUUCGAUGAAAAUAUCAUGUAUUUUUUAGCAGAAUUCAUGUCAUUAAUCUUUUCAAAUGAUGAGUACAACCCCAAAUCAUGGGUUUACUUUACUUUACUUUACUCAUACUACUGCAGUCCCUGUUUCUCUUGCCAAGCAUGCAGAUGGUAUGCAUUAUAUUAUAUAUAUAUACUAUAUAAAAUGCUGACGUUUGACGUGAACGUACACGUACCCAUGGGUGAUCAUUAAGCCAGCCUUUUGACCUAACCAGUCUUCUUUCGGAUGUGCUUUAAUGACAAAACCCCUUAAUUGCUGUUCAUGCUGAUGGACUACAAAGCAAAUAGGUCUUAGGGGUUAUAAAUAUUUAGAUAAUUAGACUGUACCUAACCUUGAGUAUGCCAUAAUGUCACUUCCUGUAGAGUAUUCCUAGUUUCUAUUAUUAAAUGUGAAGCGUUUAUUGAUGUUUUUUUUAUUGAUAGCAACACAUUAGAAAAAUGAUGAAAAAUUAAACAAAAACAUGGUCUUAUACUAAAUGUACAUUUACAUCUACAUUUACGGCAUUUGGCAGACGCCCUUAUCCAGAGCAACUUACAAUAGUGCUUUGAAGUCUAUCAAAAAUACAUUCUGAGACUAAAUCUAAUAGUCUACUUUUCUUUAUAAGCAUAUCUCUUUAAAAUGUUGCCUUAAGUCAUAUGCUGUGAUGUCACGAUAAACUAGGAGGUGUGGCUUACUUGUGACAUGAUUUCUCCAAUUCGUGUGAACAAAUGCCAUGUGCUCAUGUUUUGCUUCCUUUUCUAGGCCCGUCUUUAUCAUUGAUUUGUUACCCGAUUGUGUUCACCUGUUCUGUGUUAGCCCUUGAUUAGUUUGUCUAUGUGUACUGUAUGUGUUGUGUCAAAAUCUUAGCAAAGGUCUUUCAUUGUACUUCCUGGUUUUGACAAAGAUUAAGGAUUAUCCUUGUUUAAGUUUGUCUGCCUGUGACCUUUGCUGUGGAUUCUGAUUUCGAUUCUUGGAUUAUCCCAAAUAAGGCCACUACCGAGUUUACGCACUUGUGUCCUACCACACCCUCUCCUCUCAGCAUGUUACAUUUUGAUUGAUAUGCUGUCAAAGUGCAUUACUGUGCAUGUUUAUUCUGUACUAGCUAAUAGGAGAGCAGUAAAAAAUAUAUAAGAACUAAUAAAUGUUUGGUUUUUGAGCACAGAUAGUGGUGAGAGGAAAACUGGAUGAAGUUUAUCAACCAUAAAGAUUUUCAAAUCCUGUUUCUACUACAGUAAAGUACUUGAAAAAAUGUCAUUGAUGUAUUUGUCUUAAAGCUUGACUUAUUGUGAAACUGCUACACAUACGGCUGUGAGGUUGUAGAGAGCAGUGUUCACUCUGAUGGAAGGCUGGUUUUCAU